AAUCGUCCGUAAGUCUACGGACAUAUCAUUUUCCUUUUUCUAAAAACUUAAUUAUAGAAAUUUGGUUUGCUUAGUGGGUCUGGAACUUUGUCAAGGUUAAGAGAAGCACUUAACGAUUGAGGACAAGAGAAGAGCCUGUUACAAGCAAAAAUUUAUUGUCGUUGUCUUCGAAAUUCGCAUAGAUACAUUAAAUACACGGUGCUCAGAUGCCAAAGGUUGUUCUUUCAAAUCGUGGUAUUAUACCAAUAUAAAUAAAUGUUUAUCCGUACUAAUUGUUUGAGCUUGCUUGUUUUUAGUGUUGCGAAGUUUAUUUGAAAGAAGAAGAGGACGGAGGGAAUAAGCAGAAAGUGUGAGUUAAAAUAAAUUGAAGUAAUCAAAAUGGAAACGAAUGAGUGACUAUUUCGUAUCUGACCUGGGUACAAAGCCUUUUGUUUCUCUUGUUGUUUCACUUUCAACGAAAUGUUCUUUUUUUUCAUAUACAUUCAAAGUUAGCCUUUUUUUUCUUCCCCAAUGAAAGCCGCUUCCUUUGUGUAAAAGGACAUCUGGGUUUUGUUUUAAAAGCAAUUUUAUGGAGGUUUGAUUUUAGAAAGUUAGCUGGAUUUGAAGUCUGUUUCUUGCUUGAAAUCGAGACUUGAAAAAGGUGCUUCUUUCUUUUAUUUAUUACACCUUCAAAUCUGAUCCCCCUCCUUUUUUUUUUUUUGCUAGCUGUGAAUGUUUCAACAGUCAAAUCCAUCAACCAGAAAACUCCUGGUUCACAACACAUGCUUCGUUGUCAUUCAGUGUGAUUUGAUUCUUUUGUAUGGAAGCUUGCACAGGAGAAUCACUGAGCAGAAAUUUUUGUUCUGUUGCUGUAAAGAACUGACCAAGAAGAAAGGUGGGGAACUGAAAACUGAAAAGGCAAAGCAGGUCUGUUUUUGGGGGUAGCUGUCGUUUUGCAGUACAUGUCAAACAGUAGUUUGAUUCUCAAUCCGUGCCUGAUUUAAGGAAAGGGACUUAGUUUAUUGUUUUUGAGACAAAAGGGUAGCUAGACUUCAUCAAAUUUGCAAACAUCAGUAGAUUGAUGCUAAAUUUUCCCAAGGUGAAACUAAGAGGUCAUUUAAGCGAUUCUUGAGUUCACGUGAAUCAGGGUGUCAUCAUAGAUGCCGGUAUCUCUCUGUUUCUCAGCAGAGCAGAUUAUCUGGAGUGGAAUAGUUAGCCAUGUCGGUGGCACAUGUCCUAGAAUCCAACAUGCAAAUGACCGAAGAACAGAAGGGAAAGCAGGAGAAAACCAGCUUGGGUAUGACAGAGAAAGUUGUAGUUGCUGUUAAGGCAUCCAAAGAAAUUCCUAAGACUGCUCUGGUGUGGGCAUUGACUCAUGUUGUUCAACCUGGAGACUGCAUUACGUUGCUUGUUGUUCCUUCACAUGGUUCAGGUAGAAAAUGGGGUUUUCCAAGAUUUUCUGGUGACUGCUCGAGCAGUAGCCGCAAAUCUCAAUCAGGAUCAAGUUCAGAGCAGAAAUCUGGUAUCAGUGAUUCCUGCUCGCAAAUGAUCCUCCAGCUCCAUGAUGUUUAUGACCCUAACAAGAUUAAUGUCAAGAUAAAAAUUGUUUCUGGAUCACCGUGUGGAGCAGUAGCUGUAGAGGCCAAGAGAGCCCAAGCUAGUUGGGUUGUACUGGACAAGCAGCUCAAACACGAGGAAAAACGAUGCAUGGAGGAGUUGCAAUGCAACAUAGUGAUUAUGAAGGGUUCUCGGGCAAAAGUGCUACGUCUUAACUUGGUUAGGUCACCUGAGAAGGAAGCUGAAGCUUCUUGUCAAUUAAAUCCUGAUAUGCAAGAAACAUCUGUGAAGCAUCCCGAUAACAAAAAUGGAUCAUCUGAUUCUAGUAGGGGUAUAGAGGCUGUUGUCACUCCAACCAGCAGUCCAGAGCUUGGAACGCCAUUUUCUGCUACUGAAGCAGGAACUUCUUCAGUGUCUAGCUCGGAUCCAGGCACUUCGCCUUUUUGCACCUCAGAUAGGAAUGCUGACUUGAAGAAAGGGGAAUCAAUAGUCAUCAAGGAAAACCAGGACCUUGAUGAAUCUAGUUCAGAAGCUGAGAGUGAAAAUUUAUCGUUAUCUUCAGUGAGUUUAAGGUAUCAACCAUGGAUAACAGAAUAUCUUACUUCUCAACAUCAAUCCUCACAACGCCUAGAAGAACCUUCAACUCGAGCUAAUGUCAGGGUUCAAGGUUCUACAUCAAAAGCCUUACUGGAGAAAUUUUCAAAGCUUGAUAGAGAAGCUGGAAUAGGAAUGUCAAGCUUUAGGAGUGAUAUUGGAUUUAGUGGAAAUGUAAGAGAAGCAGUUGCGUUAUCCAGAAAUUCCCCUCUUGGCCCUCCUCCAUUGUGUUCAAUAUGUCAGCAUAAGGCACCUAUAUUUGGAAAACCACCAAGGUGGUUUACCUAUGCUGAGUUGGAGCUUGCAACUGGUGGAUUUUCACAAGCUAAUUUCUUGGCUGAGGGUGGGUUUGGAUCUGUUCAUAGAGGGGUACUCCCAGAUGGACAGGUGAUUGCAGUCAAGCAACACAAAUUGGCUAGUUGUCAAGGAGAUCAUGAAUUUUGCUCAGAAGUGGAAGUCCUCAGCUGUGCUCAGCACAGGAAUGUUGUUAUGCUGAUUGGCUUUUGCAUCGAGGAUAGAAGGCGGCUGUUGGUUUAUGAGUACAUAUGCAAUGGAUCUCUAGAUGCUCAUCUAUAUGGGGAUCAUCAGGAACCUUUAGAAUGGUCUGCACGGCAAAAGAUUGCUGUGGGAGCUGCUAGAGGUCUGAGAUACCUUCAUGAAGAAUGCAGAGUUGGCUGCAUUGUGCACCGUGACAUGCGGCCGAACAACAUUCUCAUCACCCAUGAUUUUGAACCUUUGGUUGGUGAUUUUGGCCUUGCAAGAUGGCAGCCUGAUGGUGAUGCUGGAGUGGAAACAAGAGUGAUUGGAACAUUUGGGUAUUUGGCACCAGAAUAUGCUCAAAGCGGCCAAGUCACCGAAAAAGCUGAUAUUUAUUCCUUUGGAGUGGUGUUAGUUGAACUAGUUACAGGGCGGAAAGCGGUGGACCUUAAUAGGCCUAAGGGCCAGCAAUGUCUAACUGAAUGGGCUCGUCCACUCUUGGAAGAAUAUGCUAUAGAUGAAUUGGUGGACCCAAGAUUGGAGGAUUGCUAUUCUGAGCAUGAAGUCUAUUGCAUGCUCCAUGCCGCAUCAUUAUGCAUUAGGCAGGAUCCUCAUUCUAGGCCUCGCAUGUCACAGGUGCUACGCAUAUUGGAAGGUGACAUGCUUAUGGACUCGAAUUACACAUCGCCAAGAUACGACAUUGGGAACCACAGUGGCCGGGUUUGUGCAGACCAACAAUGUUACAGUGGAUCCCUGGUAAACGAGGCAUUAGAAGAGUUCAAUGGGAAGCUCUACCUUGACGGGCUAAGGUCAGGAACCAGCAGGACUUCGUGCGCAGAUCAUCUGUAAAAGCCUACAGGGGGUUCUUUACACGCAUGGUACGCAUAUCAAUCUAUCAAUCUAUACAUAUAAUUUUGUAUAAUAGUAGUAGUAUUGGAAGCAAGAGGUAACUGGGUUCUUGUAAUUCUUUUGUGGAAAUGCUGAUCUCCAAAGCUAUGGUGAAAUAUUUUAUGCCUUUCUAAUUAAAUCAAUGAAGCACCGCUUGAGAAA